AUUGUUCGCCAUAUAAAGUUUAGGUAAGUUUAAUAAGGUCUGGCAACCGUCUAGCGACAUCCUGUUGAUUUUUAAAUUCCAGACAGGCAACCCUGUCCAGUACUGACACUUCAAAAAAUUUGGUUAGGUUUUGCACAGUAAACAUUUGAAAUAAAUUUGUUGAAAAUUUAUCUUUAACAAUGUUUUUUCAUAUGAUGUGGUCGUAAUGGGGCGUGUUUUGUGAACCGUGAAAUUUAACGUUCUGAAAAUGUCAGCAGUUAACCAGCUCCAAAUCCCUAAGUACCAAGAAGCCCUAAACUAAUAGAAUUUAGUUAAAAAAACCCAAAGAACUGUUUAAUUAAAUUUCAUAGUAUUUUAUAAAUUCAAUUUGAUCUACUAGUUAGAACCAUGACUCGAAUCUCUUGGAGGGACUUAUUUCCUUCCAAGUUCAGCCAAGUUAUUUUUGUAGUGUAUAUUUUGCUGUUUGUCAGUCAAGGGAUUUUAGUAACUGCUUCCCAAGAAUCCAACAACAAAUAUGACUACAACAUUGUUACAGUUGUUUUAUUUACUGAAAUUUUAAAGUUACUGUUAUCAUCAGCGCUCUACUGUAGAAAGCACAAUCCUGCUCAACUUGUUAAUGAAAUAAUUGUUAACAAGAAAGUUCUGGUACUCUACUUUGUCCCAGCUUUUCUCUACUGUUUGUACAAUAAUUUAGCUUUUGUCAAUUUAUCAUCCUUUGAUCCCACCACCUACUACUUGCUGCUACAGCUAAGAGUGGUUGUAACUGGAAUUCUAUUUCAGGUGAUAUUUGGAAAGCUUCUAAGCAAAAAACAAUGGCUUUCACUUAUUAUUCUAACGUUGGGAUGCAUGCUCAAGCAGAUUCCUAUGAGCGAAGAUAUGGAAUCGGCCGCACCAGAGAACGCAAAGUCACAGUCUCUAGUAUUGGGUAUAAAUGCAAUUUUCAUUUUCAUUCAGAUAUUUUGUUCGUGCUUUGCCGGAGUGUACAACGAGUAUCUGCUGAAAAAUCAAGGCAGUGAAGUGAACAUUUUCGUACAAAACGUUUUCAUGUACCUGGAUUCGAUAAUUUGCAAUGUAAUCCUGCUGGCAUUCAACGGUUCUAUUGCAAGUGCGUUUCUUUAUGAGAAUUUAGUCAAGUUGCUCAACCACAAAGUGCUUUUGGUAAUGACCAACAACGCGAUUGUUGGCAUUGUCACCAGCCUGUUUUUAAAAACUUUAAAUUCGAUUUUAAAAACGUUUGCCAGCGCUUUAGAACUAGUGCUAACGGCGCUUUUGUCAUGGAUUCUGUUUGGAAUUCCUGUUUAUUUGAACACUGCGCUAGCUAUAGGAACCGUAAUGUAUGCCAUUUAUUUAUAUUCGCAAAACCCAGUCAGCAACUCGCAGCGGAAUAUUGAAAAAAAUGAAGAUGAGGAAGAAAUGCUGCAAAUGGAAGAAGUAUGACUGAAGACUGUGUAGUUCUUUUGCUGAUGAACCGGAAAUUGUGAUAUUAGUGCCAGUUUUUUAGAUUCGUUUCUACUUAUUUAAUUGUAAAGGUACAAAUGAAGAUUUUUGUAUUUUUUUAACGAUUUUUUAUUCUUUUGACAUUGAAACAGAGUUUGACUUGAUUAUUCAGGGUUCUGCGAUAGUGCGCCAAUUUCCAGUAGCUCAAAAACUUGGUCCUUGUUUUAGAAAAAAUCACAGGGUGGUCAAACAUUUUAAUAGAACCACCUAUUUUAUUUUUCUUCACUAUUAUACACAAGAACCAUAGAGAAAAUUAAAUAUUUUAUUUUCUCUGUGACAAGAAUAUUAUUUUAAAAAUCUACUGCUGAACCCUGAAUAAUGAAGCAAACAAUAAAUGUCUGUAGUUGUUGUCUAUAGAUUGAUACCAUCUACUUAGAGUGAUGUGAUUCCAUAUUUUAAACGUUAUUUAUGAGGAUGUUAUUUGUUAAUCAAUCAAAGCAUGUGUAUCUAAUGCUAUACUCCUCCAGUAUGCUAAGUAACACUUUCAAAUAUAUUCUAUUAGCACGUUA